AUGAGCCGCCACCUUGCGCUGUGUCUUUGCGUGUCCGGCCUCCUAACCGGAAGCAUUCCAGUGACGCGCCGCGUGUCCACCGAGGACCCUUUAAGGCCUUCGUGCAUCACAGUAGAUGACCCGUAUGAAGACUUGAAGGAUGUGAAAAUCUAUGCGUUGGUUUAUUAUGGGAGGAGAUCCUAUGUGGAUAUCCUCAACGCUUACCUCGAGCGAAACCUCCGCACCAACGGGGGAGUGCUGGAUGGUGUGAUUUUUGCCAUGGUGAAGUACACCAUGGAGGACAUGAACUAUUUGAUCAUGCUGCAGCGCCGAAACCCUAAGAGCUAUAUUAUCCCUUGGCACAUGGAAGGUGGUGCCUGGGAUGUCAUUUGGCGAUUAGCCGAUGAACCUGGAGCUUAUUACAUCAAAAUCGAUGAUGACGUGGUCUUCAUCGCGGAUGGCGCCAUUCCAGACAUGAUCCGUGAGAAGCGUCGUGGGCGCUUCCUGUUCGUGUCUGCCAAUGUGGUGAAUCAUGGGAUCCUCUCGGCAGUGCAUCAAGAGAUGUCCUCCAUCCCACACCUGGAGAAGCCGCCGAUGGAAGUGGGGCAAACGCUGGAAGAGCAGAAGCUCGGGCCGUGGCAGUACAAGGGUGAGGUCAUGGUGGAUCCGCGCUACCGCAUUGAGCAUACCUUCUACUCCGACUGUGUUUGGAGGCGCUGGGAUUGUGCUGCCCUGGUACACGAGGCACUUCUCUGGCGACUAGAACAGAACUCCUCCUGCCUCUUCGAUUUUGGAAUUUUCGACUUUCACGCGCAUGGCUAUGAGACGAUGAGCGAUGGACUUGGGCGCUCGAUUGACUGGAACGACAACUUCUUCGCUUUUCAACAUGAGGAUUUCGACGACAUUGAUUGGGUUGGUGUUGCUACUGAUGAUGAACGUCAGAUGAGCACAUUGCAUCCCAAGCAGCGGGGAGAGCACGCAGGCGCACUUGGCAGUGCCAUCAUCGCACAUUGGACCUUCUCGAUUCAAGAGAAGGGACUCCUGAAGAAUACCACGCUCUUGGAACGUUACCGAGCGCGCGCCGAGAUCAUCAUGCAGGACAAUGCUGAACGCUUCUAUUUUGGUGAGUUUCAGCCCAGAGGGCAUCUCUGGGAACGGUGA